GCCUGCUCGUUGUUUAGGCACCUCGGGGGCCUUGGAGACCGAGGGGGCUAGAACGCGUGCGUACAAAGCCGAGUUUAGAACGCGUGGCGGCAACGGCGGGAAGCCGAAGCGACUUAAGCCAGAAGUAGCCGGAGAGCCCAGCUCCCUCCUUUGCCUCUCUUUGGCUAAUCGGUGCGUAGGAGAUGCCCAGCGGGAGGCUUUCGCUGCACUCCCCCCAGUUAGAAUAUAACAAAGUCAGAAUGGUUGAAGCAGAUCGUCCUGGGAAACUGUUUGUAGGGGGUCUCAAUACAGAGACCAAUGAGAAGGCUCUCGAAGCUGUGUUUGGGAAGUAUGGGCGAAUAGUGGAAGUACUCCUGAUGAAAGAUCGUGAAACCAGCAAAUCUAGAGGGUUUGCUUUUAUCACUUUUGAAAGUCCUGCAGAUGCUAAGGAUGCUGCCAGAGACAUGAAUGGGAAGCUUCUAGAUGGAAAAUCAAUUAAAGUUGAACAAGCUACUAAGCCAACAUUUGAAAGUGGUGGUAGGCGUGGGCCACCACCUCCCCCAAGAAGCAGAGGCCCUCCAAGAGGCCUUAGAGGAGGAGGACGAGGAGGAAGUGGUGGAGGAACAAGGGGGCCACCAUCACGUGGAGGACACAUGGAUGAUAGCGGAUAUUCUCUUAACUUCAACAUGGGGUCUUCCAGGGGACCUCUUCCAGUAAAAAGAGGCCCACCACCACGUAGUGGUGGGGGUCCUCCACCUAAAAGAUCUGCACCUUCAGGGCCAGUUCGUAGCAGUAGUGGAAUGGGAGGAAGAGCUCCAGUAUCACGUGGGAGAGACAAUUAUGGAGGUCCACCCCGCCGCGACCCAAUGCCAUCUCGAAGAGAUGUUUAUAUGUCACCAAGAGAUGAUGGAUAUAAUACUAAGGACAGCUAUUCUAGCAGAGAUUAUCAAAGUUCUCGAGACAACAGAGAUUAUGCACCACCUCCACGAGAUUAUGCAUACCGUGAUUAUGGUCAUUCCAGUUCACGAGAUGACUAUCAGUCUAGAGGCUACAGUGAUCGUGACGGCUAUGGUGGUCGUGAUAGAGAUUAUUCUGAUCACCCCAGUGGAGGCUCCUACAGAGAUUCGUAUGAGAGUUAUGGUAACUCACGUAGUGCUCCACCUGCCCGAGGGCCCCCGCCAUCUUAUGGGGGAAGCAGUCGCUAUGAUGAUUACAGCAGAGAUGGAUAUGGUGGAAGCAGAGAAAGUUACUCAAGCAGCCGAAGUGAUAUCUACUCAAGUGGUCGAGGAGAUCGUGUUGGCCGCCAAGAUAGAGGGCUUCCCCCUUCUAUGGAUAGGGGAUACCCUCCUCCACGUGAUUCCUAUAGCAGCUCAAGCCGCGGAGCACCAAGAGGUGGCCGUGGUGGAAGCCGAUCUGAUAGAGGAGGAGGCAGAAGCAGAUAUUAAAAAGAAAAACCUAAGUUUUUGGACCAAAACCCCCUUUCAAAACACACAAAGCAAGUGGAACUUGUUCUUUACUACCAGAGGACUACUAAAAAAG